AUGAUCGCAACCGCCAUCCUUCCUCGCGUUGCGCUGCGCAGCGCCAACACCAGCAUCCGAACUGCUUUGCCUCUUCGUCGAGGCUUUGCUACUUCUCGUGUCGAUCUUGCCAACACUCUCGUCUUCCUGGAGCACAAGAAGGGCAUCUUCAACCCCGCCACCCUUUCUGCACUCACUGCUGCUCAGAAGCUCGGUGGUGAUAUCGAUGCGCUCGUCGUAGGCGGCGAGUCAGAGGCUAGCGAGGUUGCUGAGAAGGCUGCCAAGUUUCCCGGCCUCAAGAAGGUCCUCUACGCCAAGCACGCCGACUUUGCCAACAACCUCUCCGAGCCUCUUGCACCCCUCAUCAAGAAGAUCGUCGAAUCCAACGGCUACUCCCACGUUUGCACAGGACACACCGCCGUCGGUCGUGACAUCUUCCCCCGUGCUGCUGCUCUCCUCGACUCGUCCCAGGUGUCGGACAUCAUCGGUCUCGAGGGUGAGGACACCUUCGUCCGACCCAUCUACGCCGGUAACGCUAUCGCGACACUCAAGUCCUCUGACAAAGUCAAGAUCUUUACUGUCCGAGGAACCGCUUUCGACGCUGCUGCGCAGCAAGGUGGAUCUGCCACCACCGCGGAAGUCAAACCUGAUGCUGUCGAGUCCCUAACAAACUUGAUCGAGGAGAAAGUUUCCGAGUCGUCUCGACCCGACCUUGCCACUGCUCCUCGUGUCGUUUCCGGCGGUCGUGCGCUCAAGUCGGCUGACAACUUUGUCAAGUACAUCGAGCCUCUUGCUGACCGGCUCAACGCUGCUGUUGGUGCUUCGCGUGCUGCCGUCGAUGCUGGGUACGCUGAUAAUGCUCUUCAGGUCGGUCAGACUGGUAAAAUCAUUGCUCCUGAGCUUUACAUCGCUGUUGGUAUCUCGGGUGCCAUUCAGCACUUGGCUGGUAUGAAGGACAGCAAGACUAUUGUGGCCAUCAACAAGGAUGCUGAUGCGCCGAUCUUCCAGGUUGCUGACCUUGGUUUGGUUGCUGAUCUGUACGAGGCUGUUCCCGAGAUGCUCGAGAAGAUCAAGUAA